AUGCCGCCCAAGAGAACACCAGUGAAGAAGGUGCCAGAUCCAACUGAGGACGGAGAACUGAGAGCGCUGUUCCUCAACCGUGGAGCUGCUCAACGAAACGUGAACCGAAUCCGGACCAUCCUUCAAAAAUCAGAAGCAGACAACGUUGAGCUAACCCCAGCCCAGAUAAAGGUGUACCAACGAAGCGUCGAAAAUGCCCAUGCAGAAUAUACCAGAUUCCAUCAACAGAUCAUCGCUCUGUCCCCAUCAGAUGGACUUGAGGAGCAAGAAGAGUGUUACCUCAAGUUUUUGGAUCUGUACGAGGAGGUGUCCGUGCUGCUCGAGAGCCGGAACGAGAAGUUGACUGCGCCAUCAACUCAGCAGCCUUCGUACGUCUCCAACCAACAGCCGAUCAUCGUUCAGUCGCAGUCAUUUGGUGCUCCACUGCCAACCUUCGAUGGUCAUUAUGAAGCAUGGCCCCGCUUCAAAGCCAUGUUUCAGGAUCUGAUGCAGCGCUCAUCAGAUUCCGACGCGGUGAAGCUAUACCACCUGGAAAACACCUUGAUAGGAGAUGCCGCUGGUGUGAUCGAUCUGGAGACAUUACAGGACAACGAUUACCAGCGUGCAUGGGACAUCCUGGAGGAAAGGUUUGGCAACAAGCGACUUAUCCUGGAAUCGCACAUUCUGGGUCUCCUAAACAUGGAGAGGAUGACUAAGAAGUCGUCGAAGGAUCUCCGGAGACUCAUCGAUGAGUGCACUCGCCAUGUGGAGAAUCUCAUCAAGCUCGGUCAACCACUUUCAGGAAUGUCAGAGCUGAUCGUGGUAACCGUGUUGAGUCGUGCGUUGGAUGGUCAGACUCGUGAGCUAUGGGAAGCUUCAAUGGACCAGACGGAGCUUCCAGACUACGAGCAGACCAUCGAAUUCCUAAAGCAACGGUGCAUUAUUCUAGAGAGAUGCGAGAAUAGUGCACCCACCGUGUCCCCGAACAUCAGAGUCUCCAACCAGAAGCCGCCUGCAUCCAAGUUCGUGCCUUCCAAGACGUCACAUGCAGCGUUAGUAGUGUCGAAGUAUGCGUGCGACUUCUGUGCCGGACAGCAUCCAAAUUGUAGGUGUUCCGUGUUCCAGAAACUGUCCGUGGAUAAGCGCCAUACAAGAGUGAAGGAGCUAAAUGCAUGCUUCAAUUGUUUAAGAAAAGGCCAUCGAAGCUCAGUGUGUUCCAGUAGUAAAUCGUGCCUGCAGUGCUCAAAAAGACAUCACACGUUGCUACAUUUUGAGCGUAAGAGGACUCCAGUUAAUCGCGAUCCAGUUAAUGGGACCCAGCAACUUGCAGAAGCCAACCCAGUACCGGUAGCGAUUCAGCCUCCUGUAAAAUCGUCGUGUUCCAGCAGAGAUUCGCCAUCAUCCAAGCAUGUGUUUCUGAUGACAGCAAUGAUAAACCUAACGUCCAAAAAUGGUCAGGCUCAUCGUGUGCGUGCCUUAUUGGAUUCUGGAUCACAGAUCAACCUCAUCGCCGACUCAGUAGUGCAAAGGAUGAAGCUACUGAAGUUUCCUGCAAAUGUCCCAGUUGUUGGAGUCAAUGGCACCAGAACCCAACUGCAUCACAAGGUGGUGGUGCAAAUGAGAUCAAAUUGUAGUGAUUUCGCCACCAACCUAGACUGUUACACAGUCCCAAAGGUAACAGAUUCUACCCCAGCGGUACGUGUGAAUUUAGAUUCCUGGAAUAUACCACCCGGUAUUCUGCUCGCCGAUGAAAGCUUCCAUUGCCCCAGCGAGAUAGAUAUGCUGAUUGGAGCCGAACUCUUUGCAGAAAUUUUGAAGCAAGGUCGGAUCAAGCUCUCUGAUCGUCUACCAUCUCUGAUUGAAACAGAGUUUGGAUGGACAGUGACUGGCCCGUACGACGAUCAGGAAAGUGACAGUCUAGUAUGUGCCCCAGCAAACAAACUACCAGGCAAGGACGUGCAACCAAUGCCGGUUGGGAAGUCGAGGAAGAACGCCUUAGCAAGGACAUCGGAACAGCAACAACCAACGACCAUUGGACUUGGAUCUGCGUUCCAACGGGCGGGAGUAUGUUCGCGAACAUACGCUCCAAAUGACGGCAGCAGCAUAUGGUAA